AUGGUUGGCGUCGACUUCUUGCCAGAGGCCAUAAGGAACCCAAACAACUGCCAAAAGGACCCCAUUCCAGGCUUCGAAUACCAAUAUGGCUACAGGCCAAGUUUAGCCGCUGGCAUUGUCUUCUGCGCUCUGUUCGGAUUUGCUUUCUCUGGACAUUUCCUACAAACAAUCCGACUAAGACGAUGGACAUCCGGUCUCCUUGCCAUAGGUGCUCUAACUGAGCUCAUCGGCUGGAUUGGACGAACUUGGUCUGCCGAGUGCCCGUACAAUCGGAAUGCCUUUCUCAUACAAAUCACGACGCUCAUAAUAGGACCUGUCUUUUUUACAGCUGCGCUAUACGUACUUCUAGGGAUGUUUAUUGGGGCUUUGGGACGAGAAUAUAGUAUCCUUUCGGCCAGGAUGUACACGAUUGUGUUCGUGACAUGCGACACAAUUUCAUUAGUUAUUCAAGCUGUUGGCGGUGCAAUGGCUUCGAUGGCCUCGAGCAACGGAGACGACCCCAAGCUUGGGACUAAUAUAAUGGUGGCCGGUGUUCUAUUCCAGCUCCUAGCCAUGAUCAUUUUUACCCUUUUUACUCUCGACUUUCUCCAAAGAUCCUCCAAGUUCGGCAUACCACAAGAGUACAACAAAAUCGUCAUCGCCUUAUUUAUCUCGCUAGCUGCGAUCUUCGCUCGCAGCAUUUUUCGGACAGUGGAGCUUAUCGAGGGCUGGACUGGGUAUCUUAUGAUGCAUGAAACAUAUUUCAUUGCCUUAGACGGAGCCUUGAUGGUCUUGGCCGUUGUUAUAUUCUUGCCUUUUGAUCCGGCUCGGACGAUCUCCAAGGCUUAUCGCCCAUCGAAGGAGCCUGGUGAAAUAAGCGAGUUUAGCGCGGGUGUUUAG